UUGUAUUUCUAUGGUUCAGACUGAAGCUGUCAGGAGUAUAGACCGGGCAGUGUGGUACCUCUCCCUCGUCUCUACUUCUCCAUAGCAACGACCUCUACAUCCGUGUGUACUAUGAACUAGAAACCGACUGAUGCGCUCUCCUUUCAAAUCUCGGAUUCUGCAACAUCCCAGCGCAAAAUAAUAUGGUGUGUAUAUUUUUGGGAAGCUGAAGUAGUUAGUCGGUUGUGUCUGGAAUGAUGAUUAAUUGAAGUCUCUUUUUUUUGCUGUGUCUGGUAGUUACCUAAGCACAUGCAUCUCGGUCUCAACUUGGAAUCUCAGCAGCAAGGAACUGUCAUUCGGUGGUCAAGUAGGUUGAUGUAUUGAUUUUAUCAGUGGAGACAUUUUAAUCAACGCUUCUAAACGAUGUUACAAAUUGGAGACGAAGUUUAUUUCUCUGCGGUAUUUCUGCUGGUUCUAUUCGGGACCAGGAGCGCGAUUGGAGCAUCGUCCGUCACCGCAUCCAUCUACGUCUUUAUCGUGAUGUUUCGGUUCCCACAAGUGCCCGCUAACCAGGCGAGUCAGGUGCUUCGGCCCACUGGUCUUGCGAGCGCCGGCGUCCCCGUGGUUGCGCACCGGGCAGGGGGACACGAUGCUCCGGAGAACACCAUUGCAGCGAUCCGAGAGGCCAGCAGGAAUGGAGCCACAGGGGUGGAGCUGGACCUGGGCUUCACUGCAGAUGGAGUGGCAGUGCUGAUGCACGAUGAGACGGUGGACCGCACCACCAACGGGACGGGAGCGUUGGGCACGCUGCGUCUGGCAGAGCUCAGGACGCUGGACGCCACGGGCAGACACAGGCUUAGGGAGAAGUUCAAGGGGGAGAGGGUGCCAACGCUUCAGGAGGCAGUGGAGGAAUGCAUCAACCACCAGCUGACCAUCUUCUUUGAUGUCAAAGAUCAACCUGAUAAGGCAGCUGCAGCCCUAGGGGAGAUGUAUCAGAAACACCCUGUCCUCUACAACUCCAGCAUUGUCUGCUCCUUUCAACCUAAAGUAAUCUACAAGAUGCGUCAGGCGGACCCUGGGGUGGUCACAGCCCUGACCCACCGGCCCUGGAGCCUUAGUCGCUACGGCGAUGGCACGCCCCGUUCCCUGUCAGCGUGGACGCACUACUGGCUGGGAGUUUUGGACGUGCUGCUGGACUGGGCCCACCACCACCUGUUGUGGAACCUGUGUGGUGUCUCAGCCAUCCUCAUGCAGAAGGACUUCAUCUCCCUGGACUAUGUUCAGUACUGGGCAGAGCGAGGGGUGGAGGUGGUGGGCUGGACCAUCAACACAGCCGUGGAUAAACAGUACUACCAAGAUGUCCUGAAGAUCAGCUACAUCACGGACAGCCUGAGGGAAGACUGUGAGCCUCACUACUGACUGACAGAGACAGGGUAUACACACACAAACACAAAACACACACAAAGUUAUAGAGUACUACCUAACAAUAAAGUGUAGUUGUACAAGGACUCAGAGCUCAAUAUCAUAUGGAAUAUGUACAUGGAGUAUGAAUGUACAGGACAGUACACAUCCAAUAUAGCUGCAUAGCAGAUCAUUGUCUAGUUCAGGUUGCCCCUUUUAAUCAGAAUAGUUUUUACUGCAAACACUCAAAGAAGAUCAAACAGUAUCAUCACUCAUUUGACAACUAUACUAUACCAGCAAUACCACCAUUAUCUCAGAAAUACUCUCUUGGACCAAUCAUCACACCACUAAAUGCAGACAAUUUGCUCAUUUGCCAUGUUGAAUUUUUCAUCUUAAUACAGAUAUUUUAGUGCAUUAGGAGAUUAGGCUACAUUCAUUAAUAUUGUAUUAAUGGUAUGACACUGCUAUAACAAUGGUACAAAAUACAUCUCUCUUUGUUUACAUGUAUCUUUGAUUUCUCAAUGAAAACAUUAUUAUAUACAAUGUAUCCUUUAUGAAACCAUGUUAUUUAUUGUGACUACUGUAGGCCCACUGUAAAUAUUGGAAAAAAUAAAUAUCCCCUGUCCUAAUUUGCAUGCAGACUGGUGCUGAAUAGUGAGUAUUGUAGUGGGUAUGUGAUUGCAUUGUAAGGUCACUGUGUAUACAUGAUGGAGGUACACCUUAUUCCUGUUUUGUUCAUAUCUGAGAGCAACGUUGAUGACAGGGGCAAUGCUGCACCCCUAUCUUCAGGCCUGACCUCUGCCAUACAGUCAGGUGGACACUGUCCCUUUAAACGACGGAGGGAGGCGUGUUGCGUUGUCAAAUGUGUGAGCUGCGUUGGUUGAGUGUCUUUGUAGCUCAAUGACAGCCCUUGUUUCAUCAGAUCUGACAUUGCACCGACUCCGACAGCCCCAACAACCCACUUCUUCACACACUGGAUGCAAGGCGAUCAGCUCUUGCCACAUGGCCUAUGGAGAACG